AUGGGUUUAUUGAAGUAUGGAAGUUUGGUAUUAAGGGCUGCAGCUUUUGUGUUCUCGGUAAUUUCAUUCGCGAUUAUGGCUAGUAUCAAAGGUUUCGACAUAUUCCAUGAAUUCAGUUACAUUCUGGCUGCUUGCGUCCUUUCCACGGCAUACACACUGUUUCAAAAUCUUCGUCAAAUCAACUACCUCUCCACCGGAAAUCUUCUUUUUGAGUCGCGCACUUCGAAUCUCCUUGAUUUUCUUGGAGAUCAGAUUAUCGCGUACCUAUUGAUAUCGUCUGCAUCAGCAGCAGCUCCGUCUAUAUCUACAGUAAAGGCAUUGGAAGAUUAUGCACUAGAAAAUCAUGUUACAUCAACCAAGAGUGCUGCUUCUACCAGCAUGGCUUUCUUAGCAUUCUUUCCUUUGGCCUUGUCAGCUAUGUUAUCUUGUUAUAAGCUCUCUACCAAAACUUAUAUAUGA